AUGGCGCGCAAGGGUAGGGCAACGGUCAAGACACCUAAAGAUCGCUACAUCACCGUCGACUCUGACGGCGACGAAGUCGAGCCUGAUGUCACCCCACCUCGCGCUACUACACGCCCCCGAGGAAAUAGCAGGGCAGACGAGGAGCCAUACUUUGCGCACGAGUUGGAGAAUGUCGAUCCCGUAGCCUCGCGUGAGCGACUAAACCUCUCUAAAGCGGCGCCCGAGUCAGGUCCAGAGCCAGAGCGCCGACAGCCUCGCCAAGCUUCCGGAACCGUGGAACAAAGUAGGACACUCGCGGACGCUCUGUUUCCUGUCAGCUUCAACGACGACUUCCGUCCUCCCAUCGAGUAUUUCGGGUCGCCUACAUCCAUCUUCGACAACCAGGCUCCGCUUCACCAUCAACAGCAGCCCCAUCCUCCUCCUCAGAAUCCUCCUACACGUCCGCGCGCUGCAGGUCGAGGUCGCGACAACCCUUCUCUAGACGCCAAUCUCCCUGGUCGUACUGAGCGCCCCGUUGUCACACCCAAAACCCGCCAUCCGCCAGGUCAGCAGCCGCCCGCGAACCCUCGUCCCAACGUCGAGAAAUCCGAGAUGGCACAGAACAUGAUCCAGGGCGGUGCGCACAUACCGCCAGGCCAGCAGCGCAACAUGCGCGCCUGCAUGGUCUGCUCCAUUGUCCGAACCCAAAACCAGUUUCUCACUCAAGGCUGCCCCAACUGCGAAGAAAUCAUCGAGCUCGCCGGCAACCCCGAGCAGAUCAACGACUGCACAUCCCAGGUCUUCGAAGGCCUCAUCACUGUCGCGGAUACAUCAAGGAGCUGGGUUGCCAGAUAUCAGCGUCUGGAGGGCUACGUCCCGGGCGUCUACGCGACCCAAGUUGAGGGUAUCCUCCCGGAAGACGUGAUUGGCGCAGUAGAGAGCGCGGGUAUCAACUACGUACCCAGGGACGGCAGCGAGCAGGAUAUGCUACCUAAGGACUAA